AUGGCGUCAGGCGCAGCGUUAGAAGGAGGUUGGUUCAAGACGGUUCAACCAAACAAGGAUCCUUUUCUGGAGGGCCUUCUGCAGAUGAAGGUCGAGGUGAAGGAGUUGUUGCCCACAGGAAAGCCUCGGGGCUUUUGGGUCGAAGCGCAGCUGGAGGUGCCACAGCCCUUGAACUACACCUUGAGCUUCCAGCACGAGGUGGCCACCGAUGCUAAGCUACCAGCCACCCGACUACCUGCAAAUGUACCAGUUCCCAGCAACCUCUCUCAGGCAGACUUUGCCUACUUCACCUUCCAAGCUGGCAAGGCAGCGAGCCACUUAUGCCUCAGACAGUGCUUUGGACAAGUGGAGCUUCAGCUGGAGCUGAAUGGGAGUGAUGUGGCACCCAAAGUGGAGGAUGAAAACCCCAUCGCCUUGCGGGGAAACUGCACCGCAGUGACGGGUCGCGCCGAUGGUGCCAUCAGCUCCGUGCUAGUCAGGAAAGUUUCUGUCGCGCCCAGCAACUUUGAGAUCGAGCUUACUACGCGUGCAGACGAACGGAUUCAAUUGGAAAAUCCAGUCCUGAACGUGUCGGACUUCAAACUCUGUGACGCUUCAAGGAUAGCUGAGGCGAAUUCAGCAUCACCAUCAGCUUCGCCAGUGCUUCGAUUGGGCUGGCAUCCUCAGGUACCAUACGAUUCCGAAAAUCGACCAGGCCUGGCCUCGGAGCCCACACUUCGAUACGAGGUGCUGGCGAUGUGGGGGCACUCGGGCUGUGGGGGGAAAGGUUGGACUCUUGAAGCAUAG